GACGUCAUCGCGCGAGUCGGAAUUACGCGCGCGCGUGACGUCAUCGCCAUAUGCGGUGACGUCACGCGGCCCUGGCAAAGAAGGAGUUGGCGCCUCGCGUCUGCCAGGGUGGAGAGAGAGAGAGAAAAACAAAAAAACGGAAAGAUGAAAGAAGAGACGAGGAUCUCGUGUCCUGUGUGCGGCUUGGUGCUGGUGAGCCAGCCCGUCCUCCAGGACCACAUCAAGCAGCACGGCAGGUGGUCCAAACCCGCGAUGCACCAGUGCGAUGAGUGCCUGUAUAGCACCGACAACCAGAGCAGACUCAACAUCCACCUGAGGAUCCACACGGGUGAGAAGCCGUAUGUGUGCACCGUCUGCGACAAGGCGUUCACGCAGUCGGGGGCGCUGCACAACCACCAGAGGACGCACACGGGCGAGAAGCCCUACAAGUGCACCGUGUGCGGCAAGGCGUUCACUCAGCUCGGGGCGCUGAACAACCACCUGAGAACCCACACGGGCGAAAAGCCCUACAAGUGCACCGUGUGCGGCAAGGCGUUCACCCAGUCGGGCGCCCUUCGUAACCACCAGAGGACGCACACGGGUGAGAAGCCCUACAAGUGUUCAGUGUGCGAGAAGGCGUUCACGCAGUCGGGGGCGCUCCACAACCACCAGAGGACCCACACGGGUGAGAAGCCCUAUAAGUGUUCGGUUUGCGGCAAGGCCUUCACUCAGUCGGGGGCCCUGCACAGCCACCACAGGACCCACACUGGGGAGAAGCCUUUCAAGUGCUGUAUGUGCGGCAAGGCGUUCACCCAGUCCGAGAACCUGCACAAGCAUCAAAUCACCCACACCAGUCUCCUGUUCACGACCUUAAACUUCACAACUCACGCGAUCAAGAAUUAGGUUAAAAAAAUAACAAGCCGUGAAGAGGGCACGUGACAAUUAUUUGAGAUUAAAAAAAAAUAGUUCGAGAUCUAAUAAUAGGAAGGAAAUUCAUCUCGUCAAAAAAUUCCACGUGACAGUUAAAGCGGCGGUUGAGCAUCAUCAGGCACUGACAUUUGGAAGGAUAACAUGAAAGGCGACAUUUAAUAUUUUCGGGAAGGAUAAAUAUGUUAUCGGAACGUUUCAGAAUGUUUUCCAAGAACGCGGGAACGUUGCAACCAAGAAUUGUAUUGAAUGGCCCGGUGAUGCAGAUUGGAGACCCGGAGUAAACAUUCUCAGGUUUGGUAUGCGAACUUUGCUCGAUGUUUCAUCAAACCUUGAAUUAACGAGGCAGAUGGGUUGGGCCCCAGCUUGGAGCAAUUCUUCCAGCUUAGUUUUGGCUAAAACAAAGUGGCGGCAACCAACAUCUCGAUUAAAACGCACCUAUUGUGGAAAGCAUUUGCUGUCGAUUUCAAUUCAAAAUUAUUACUCGUGUGAUGGGAUUCUGCUGUGCAAAGUGCACAUACCAUACUGGCCAUUGGAGCGUGUGAUUGCCUCUUCUUAACUGACAAGUUGUGUUUCCCAUUUUUCAAAGCACUUAUUGGGAAAACCUUACAAAGUCUACAUUAGAGACUCGUAACUGGCUGGCGGUUAGAAUU